AUGGUAGAGGCUCAAAAAACCUAUUCCAUUACUUCAUUUACUUCUCAAGUGAGUGUCGGAACAGCCUCUUCGUGCUAUGUCAAUGUGGUUGAGACUGUGGAGUAUGCCUUUACGGGAUCUUUUUCUACGAUAUCUCGUGCUGUACCAUACACAGUUGCUCUAGAUAUUCCAUCAUCAUCGGUGAAAGUCGAUGUAUUGACUCCUGGAUAUUCCAUGUCGUACACUUCAACGACCUCUGAAGCAAAUGCCUAUUACAUAACUUCCACGAUCUAUCCAUCAACACCAUCAGGAGUUACCACAACCAUCAAAAUUCGUAGAUCCUACACUGUGAAGGGUCCAGUCAGUAAGAAUGGUAAUAAUAAUGUUGUGACCUACUUCUACAGAGAAGCAAGUGAUGUCGCCAAUUUGAGUGUCUCAUUUGUCUUUGAUAGCUCCCUCAAUUUGAAUUCCAAUGAUUUGACUGCUUCCACAGGAGGUACUGUCUCUGGAACAACAGUGACCUAUUUCAAAUCAUCCUUAAUUGCCAACAGUGAAUUUAUUCCUUAUGUGACAUUCCCUGUUCGUUCUCAAUUUGAUUCAUGUGCAACAUCUUCAAGUGUUGGAAUUGGAACAAUUCUGGGUAUUGUUUUUGCUGUCAUUGUGUUUGUCAUUUGUGCAAUUGUUUGCAGCAUUAUUGGAUUCUUUAGACGUGUAUUCUAUAGACCUAGCUACGGAUUCGGUUAUUAUGGUUUUGGACCAACUUACUAUCAAGCAGAUCCUGGAUUCCACCAUCAUCAUCACCAUCAUCACCAAUCUGGAGGACAUCAUCAUCAUGGUGGAAUUACUGGAACCUCAGGUUUUGCUCAUUAA